AUGGAACUACCGACUCGCCCCCUGUCCCGGAGGCAGGACAAUGACCAGGACGACAGCAGGCCUCUACCCCGGGAUCUGAGCCACUACUAUUCGCAAACGACCAAGAACCGGAAUCCCAGCCAAGUCAAGGAAUUCUACAAAUUCUUCCAGAUACCAGGUAUCGGGAACUUUGCCGGAGGACUUCCCAAUCUCCGCUUCUUCCCAUUCGACACGCUCGAGGCGCAGGCCGCAAAGCCGGAGCGCUGGAAGCCAAGCGAAAGCACCACUACCAACAACAACAACCGCAGCAAUGGCGACUCUCCAGACCGGAGCGCGUCGACCCACAUCACGGUGCCGCUGGUCGCCAAGGAGACGGACCCGCUACGCAAGAUUGACCUCGCGACGGCCCUGCAGUACGGCACGGCCGACGGCUACCCGCCGCUGCUGUCCUUCGUGCGCCAGUUCACCCGCGAGCACCUGCACCCGGACGUGCCGUACCGCACGGGGCCCGAGGUCGUCCUGACCGUCGGCUCCACCGACGGCUUCGCCAAGACGCUCGAGCUCUUUGUCGACCCGUGGAGCGAGGGCAACGGGGACGACGUGCGCGACAGGCCGGGCUUGCUGUGCGAGAGGUUCGCGUACGGCAACGUGCUCACGCAGGCCAGGCCCAAGGGCAUCCAGAUCGUCACCGUCGAGGCCGACUCGGGCGGCAUGCUUGCCGAUGGGCCGGGCGGUCUGGAGGACGUGCUCGCGAACUGGGACGACAGCAAGGGGAGGAGGCCCCAUCUCCUCUACACGGUCACCAUGGGUCACAACCCGACCGGUAUCGUGCUGGAUGUGGAGCGACGAAAGGCGCUGUAUGCCAUAUGCAGCAAAUAUGACGUGGUCAUCGUUGAGGAUGAUCCCUACUGGUACAUGCAGUUUCCGUCGGCAGCCAAAGAGGAGGCCAAGAGCAGGAACCUGCCUCCGCCACGGGUGGCCUCCACAUACUCACGCUCAACCGGCUAUGCAUUCCUGGACUCCUUGGUUCCAUCCUUCCUCAGCUUUGACGUGGACGGCCGCGUUGUCCGGCUCGACACCUUCUCCAAGACUGUCGCACCUGGCUGUAGACUCGGUUGGUUGACGGCACAGCCGGCCAUCAUUGAGCGAUUCGUAAGAAUCACGGAAUCAACAACCCAGCAGCCAAGCGGGUUCGUCCAAUCUAUGAUCGGCGAGCUGGUCAUGGGGUCUCAACCCGCCGAGGCCAAGACGUCGUUCCUCAGUCUCCGCACCCACAAGGACCGGAUGGCAUUCACCGGCUGGCAGAUGGACGGCUGGGUCCGGUGGCUCAAGGGCCUCCGCGGCGCCUACGAAGACAGGAUGAACCGCGUCUGCCGCAUCCUCGACGACGGCAAGUACCAGCUGAAGCAGGGCACGCCGAUCGUCCCCGGUCCGCACCCGUUGGACGCCGACUGGGGCGUCAUAACCAAGACCAAGCUCUUCGAGUUCGACUGGCCCCGCGGCGGCAUGUUCGUGUGGCUUCGCGUCUUCUUCGAGACGCAUCCGCUCUGGAAGGCUCCCCGCCCUGGCAAGGACGGCGAGCCCGCCGGUGUGAUGGACGGCGGCGUCCUGUCGGGCGCUCUGAUGGCCAUGCUCACCAAGAAGCCGUGGCUGGUUCUCGUCGCCCCUGGCUUCAUGUUCAGCGCGAACGAGGAGAUCCAACGCAAGGACGGCUGGGCCUAUUUCCGCCUGUGCUUUGCGGCCGAGGCCGAGGAGGCCAUCGACCCGUGCACUCGGAGGUUCGUUGAUGGCGUUCAGCGAUUCUGGAAGAUCAAGACGGUCCGCGAGAUUGAAGAUCUGUUAAAAGGCUUCCCGAUAUCCACUGGCGGGGCAUCAUCCAUGAAUGUCGUGGACCAAGAUGUCGGAAACAUGGGCAUGUACAUGGGAUGCUGA